AUGCCGCCAAACUGGCCUAUUGUCCGCUGCUUGGCCCGACCUUCCCAGCUUCUACCGACUUCAACUCCAAAACAUUCACGGGAAACGAAAAACAACACUACCACAAUCCUCGACAACGCGGUCAAAACAGGCAAACUUAAAAACUCGCUGUCCCUCCAGAUCUUCUCUGCUUACGAUUCCAAGCCACUGUUUGAACACUACUACACCGCACCGGAAGUCAGGAAUGCCACGCGAGGUGUGCGCAAGGUCGAUGAAGAUACGGUGUUCCGCAUUGGCAGCGGCUCCAAGCUGCGGACCAUGCUGCUGUACAUGAUAGAGACAAAUGGCACUCGCUUAGAUGAGCCUGUGGCCAAAUACGUCCCCGAGCUGAAAAAGGCGGCGGACAAACUCGGACACAGUAAAAUGGAACAGGCCGACGAAGCAGACUACGUCCAGUGGGAUCAAGGAACAAUAGGUGAACUGGCCAGCGAUCUCGCCGACGGCUUCGGCGAUCAAGCAGCGAACCCCAAAACUCUCUAUCAGCUGCAACAGCAAGGCUUCCCAUCCCUGAAAAAGGAUGACAUCCCUCCCUGCGGUGCUGAGGUGGUUUGCGAUCGAAAGGGUUUCUUCAAGGGCUUGCUGAAAGGUCACCCGUUGGCAUCCACUUCGUCAACACCAAUCUACUCGAAUGCGGGCUUCCAGAUUCUGGCAUAUGCCCUGGAGGGCAUCACCGGCAACAGCUACGGGCACCUACUUUAG